AUGAUGCUGAAGGCUCGUCAUGAUUGUGAGAUAAACUUGAAACACGAUGAAGUUCUGUUCAUUCCGGGUAAAGGUCCGCUCCGAACGACACUCGGAGCACUACGUCGUGCAUGCAUGGUAUCUGACAAAAAUCCAAGUGCUAGAAAAUUCCUGCGGAGUCGAGCGUCCAUCGUUUAUGAAAAAAGGCGGCAUCUACGCCAUUAUAAAUACGUAGUUCACCCGUUCAGUCCGUUCAAUAGAGAAUCAUUCCACAGGCAUUGGUGGGAUUUUGGGAUGAUUCUGUCGAUGUAUGGUAUAUUCUUUAUCCUACCGUACCAGGCUGCCUUUGACAUGUAUCGAAAUGUCCACGGCUGGACGUGGACGAAAAAUGGUUUCAUCGAAUUUAUUUUUAGAUACUACGACGAAAUCGUUCGAGUUGUUCAACUAGAUCUUCCAAUGAUCGCGCGGAAUUACGUUUACAGCGGUACCUUCGUCUUCGAUCUUCUGGGAUCAAUACCGACAGAUAUAUUUUUCAUUGGAUCUUGGGAUGAGCUAAUCGUAUCGCGAGAGCUUGCUACUCUGGUGAUGGUAUUUCGCGGUAUCUCGUUUUACCUCAACACGAAGCGCCUGGCCAACGCCUACGACAUGUCGAUAGGACUUGUAAAAAUCCUGAUGUUCGUAGGCACCGGUAUCCUGGUGCUCCACUGGCAGGCAUGUAUCCAUUACAUAGUCCCGAUGGCCGUAACGUCCUUGGGAAUUCCUCAAAAACCCAGUGAAAUGUCCUGGAUAAACCAACAUGCCGUCUGGAACGAAUCAUUACAAUUAAAAUAUCGCACCAGUCUGUUCCGUGCGAUCGCCAUGUUCACCUGCUCCGGUUUUAACGGGGCUCCACCUGCGACUGUGGAAGACCAAUACCUAGCAAUAUUUGUCCACAUCGCAGCUGUCACUGUAGUUUGUACUCUAGUAGGUGCUCUGAUGCAAGUUUUUAAGGGUAUGAACAGUUCAAGGCUAAAAUACGAAGCUAUGACCGUUCAAUUGAAGCAGUAUAUGCGGCACAAGCAGUUGCCAUUAGAAAACCAACAGCGGUUUCUAUCCUACUAUGAAUUCCGAUACCAAAAUAAUUACUUCAGGGAACCGGAAAUUCUGGGUACGGUUUCGGCGCAGAUUAGUCAGGAGAUCGGGAUGCAUUCGUGCAGAAAGUUGGUUGAAAAUGUGACCUUUUUCAACAACUUACCAAUGUCCCUUCUGAUCAGGAUAGUAGCGCUUCUACGCUCAGAAAUAUUUCUCACGAACGACGUGAUCGUACGAGCUAAUCAACCUGGAGAUUGUAUGUAUUUUAUUGCUUCGGGUACUGUGGCUAUUUAUACCAAAUCUGGGAAAGAAGUUUGCCAUUUGGAGGACGGUGCUCAUUUCGGAGAAAUAGCGCUGGUCAUGCCCGACGAAAGGAGGGUUGCUAGCGUUGUGGCUGUAGAAAUCUGCGAGCUCUACAGGCUAGAACGUGCUGAUUUUGUCAGGACUAUUCAUCCCUAUCCCAUGCUGUGGGAAAGGAUUAAGAAAAUUGCAAUGGAGAGACAUGAGAGAACUACCAUUCUGAAUGCUCAGUAAUUAUUAGACUUGUUUCUGUUGUUAGUGAUUCGGAAUAAAAUUUCUUAUGCAGAACCAUAGAUAUAGGUAUUGCUACUUUUCUAAUAAUUCUUUUCACCUGGUCCUUUAGAUCUUUUUGCUGCAAUCUAAUGCAUCAAAUUCUUUUUAAACCUUUCU